AUGGAGGAGUCUGUACGCAACUAUACUGGAGCAAAAUUCAGCAAGCACCAAAAUUCAGAACACAUCUCACCAAGUGUUCUUCACAAGCCACUAAACCACUGGGUACCUGUUUCUUUUAAACCUUCUGAUAAAGAAAUAAUGACAUGUCAGCAUACAACAUCAUUUAAAGUCCAGGCUUGA